AUGUCGAGAACCAACAGCCGGUCAUCGUUUUCAGCGGCGGUGGGGGGGAAGAAACGGCGAACGGGCACUGCUGUAGAAGCGAGUAGGGCGGCCGAGGCAACGCUUGUGGCGAACUAUGCACCUGGCUGAUGUUGUUGCGCCCGGUUUCCCUCCCUGCCGUAUGCUAUACUCCUUUAUGUAUGUCCUUGUAUUGCCUUCGGCCUCUGUGCUGUGUUUCUUUUUUUUUUUUUUUUUCAUGACCUCCCUGCCUGCUCUGCUGUGUUGGGUACCUUGAUCUCGCUUUGCUGUUGCCUCUGUUUUUUUGUACGGCUGGCUGUCUGCCCAUCUGCCGCCUCUUUGCCCUGUUUGCUCCGUUACUCCCAUGCCCUGGUGCGCAGUGCCUGGUGCUGGUACGUUACGUUACCCUUUCAUUUUUUCUUUCGGAGCGUCCUCCUUUAUUUUUAUUUUUUUAUUAUUUUUGUUUUGUUUUAUUUUGAUCAGUGUCCGAGGGCUCUUUUCUCGAACAGUAGGUGCGAUACCUGUUCUUUUCUUUCUUUCGAUCAUUUUGUUU